AUGACGGCUAUAGAUCCAAGACUCUUCCCACAGCGGGUGCGCUAUGCGGCUCUUCUGACCGUCAAUGUCUACGUCUUCAUGGGGAACAUGUACUCGUCCGGCAUAGCGACGGGAUUUGAGUCGCUAGCCGUGGCCCUUCAUGCAGACAACUCCAAGUUGUCAGCCCUUAUCACUUAUUCGGUUCUGGCCAUGGGAUUGGCCAACUUGUUCUGGAUGCCUCUGGCCCUGUGCUUCGGAAAGCGUUCCAUUGUGAUCAUCUCCAUGAUGAUGUUCCUAGGUGGCUGCAUUUGGUCUGCAGUCGCCAAGGAUUACAAUAGUUUACUUGGCUCACGAGUCUUUGCCAGUUUCGGAUAUGGUGCGAUUGAGUCACUGGGACCCAGUAUCCUCGCAGAUCUCUUCUUCGAGCGAAACUACUCGAGCGCCAUGGCCGCGUAUGCCGCUUUCUUGUCUGGUGGCUCCCAAAUUGGGCCUGUUAUCGCGGGAUAUCUUAUUCAAGCCCGUGGAUGGCGGUGGUUCUUCAUUCUCUGCUCUAUCAUCGCCGCUGUCAACUUGGUGACCACAAUCUUCAUGCUUCCCGAGACUAUCUACGAACGUGAAGAGGAGCCCGAAAUCAAUGAUGAUUUCGAAAAGGGCGCGACCGGCCACCUUGAGGCCGUCCAGACUCUUCAAUCUCAAGUCGGUGAUCGUGUCAAAAUGGACUACGGCGAAUACGCGAAGAGUCUCUUCAAUUUCCACGUCACCAAGGAAGCCAAAGACAAGGGCGUCCUCAAGCACUUGGCCUGUGUAUUCGUGCUUCCAUUGCCCAUGCUGUUGAUUCCGGGCGUGCUGAUUGCCUCGAUCAUGUACGGUGUUGUUCUUGGAGGAAUCGUCGCAAUCUCCACCCUCGCUCCCGCCCUCUUCGCACCACCACCUUAUCUCUUCACCUCCGCCGAUCUAGGCCUCUUUACGCUCAGCAGCUUCAUCGGUAUCGUAAUUGCGUGGCCUAUUGCCGGUCCCCUGACCGAUAUACUUUCCCGCUGGAUGCGCAAACGUAACAACAACGUCCACAAGCCCGAGCACCGUCUUCCCGCGCUCAUUGUUCCAUUCCUCAUCUGUCCCGUCGGCCUGGUGGUGUUUGGAUACACAGUCGCCCGAUCUGCACACUACAUUCAACCUGCCGUUGGUGCGGCCAUCAACUCUGCCGCCCUGACCCUCGUUCCCUCUGUCAUGCUCUCCUAUGUCGUGGACUCUUAUCCACAUACUAGUGGCGAGGCACUGGUGCUGGUCAACGCGUCUAAGAAUGUUGUUGCCUUUGGCAUUGCGCGCAGCGCUUAUUCUUGGAUGGCUUCGUCGGGCGUGGACAAUAUGUUCUACGAGCUUGCGGGCAUUGAGUGGGCGGCUAUUGGAUUGGCGUUGCCGCUAUACUUUGCUGGACCUUGGUUGCGGUCACGAACCACCAAGCUGUUUUAA